AGAGAGAAAGGAGAAGAAAGAGAGAGAGAGAGAGAGAGAGAUGGUGGUCGAGGCGAGCAACGGUCAUGGGUGCUGCGAGACGGGGCCGGGAUACGCGACGCCGUUGGAGGCCAUGUCCGGCCCGAGGGAGAAGCUCCUCUACGUCACUUGCGUCUACUCUGGAACUGGAACAGAGAAACCCGAUUACCUGGCCACGUUGGACGUGGAUCCGGACUCGCCCAGCUACUCGAAGGUCGUCCACAGGCUUCCCGUGCCGUACUUGGGCGACGAACUCCAUCAUUCAGGAUGGAACGCAUGCAGCUCCUGCCAUGGAGAUUCGUCGGCCGACAGGCGUUUCCUGAUCCUGCCAUCUUUGAUAUCCGGUCGCAUAUAUGUGAUCGAUACAAAGACCAAUCCUCGAGCUCCAGCUCUGCAUAAGGUUGUUGAUCCAAAAGACAUCAUUGAGAAGACUGGACUUGCUUAUCCGCACACGUCCCAUUGCCUUGCUUCCGGUGAUAUCAUGGUGUCGUGCCUUGGUGACAAAGAUGGAAAAGCUAAGGGAAAUGGCUUUCUGCUCCUUGAUUCAGAAUUCAACGUGAAAGGAAGGUGGGAGAAACCUGGGCACAGUCCCCUCUUUGGUUAUGACUUCUGGUACCAACCCCGGCACAAGACGAUGAUCAGCUCAUCGUGGGGCGCCCCUGCAGCUUUCACCCAAGGUUUUAACCUUCAGCACGUGUCGGACGGUCUAUACGGGAGGCAUCUCUAUGUAUACAGCUGGCCUGAUGGUGAACUCAAGCAAACGUUGGACCUGGGCAACACCGGCCUCCUCCCACUCGAGAUAAGGUUCCUGCAUGAUCCUUCUAAGGAUGUGGGAUUUGUUGGGUCUGCAUUGAGCAGCAAUAUGGUGCGUUUCUUCAAGAACCAGGAAGGCUUGUGGAGCCAUGAGGUGGCUAUAUCAGUUAAACCUAUGAAGGUCCAAAACUGGAUCCUUCCUGAAAUGCCUGGACUGAUAACAGAUUUCUUGAUGUCGCUGGAUGAUCGUUAUCUGUACUUUGUGAACUGGCUUCAUGGGGACGUGAGGCAGUACAACAUUGAGGACCCUACAAAUCCCGUGCUCGCGGGCCAAGUAUGGGUCGGGGGAUUGAUUCAGAAGGGAAGCGCAAUUGUCGCAGAGAAAGAAGAUGGUACGACAUGGCAAGUUGAUGUUCCCGAGAUAAAGGGGAAUAAACUCAGAGGAGGACCUCAAAUGAUUCAGUUAAGCUUAGAUGGCAAACGACUCUAUGUCACAAACUCACUCUUCAGCACUUGGGAUCGCCAGUUCUAUCCUCAACUGCUGGAGAAAGGGUCGCACAUGCUGCAGAUUGAUGUUGACACCGAGAAUGGUGGCCUCAAAGUUAACCCAAACUUCUUCGUGGACUUUGGCUCCGAGCCUGAUGGCCCGUCUCUAGCUCACGAAAUGAGGUAUCCAGGAGGCGAUUGCACGUCGGACAUAUGGAUUUGAGCAUGGUAGAUGUGUUAAACAAAGGAAUAAGUGCCGCACUCUUUAUCACGUCACAGCUGAGCCUGCCAUCGGCCUUUACCGGUUGUCGCUAGGGCUCUGAAAGGGCGUGGUCUCUCCCAAGAACCAUGUUUAUCAUGCUUUCAAUAAGGUUCAAGUUUACUAACUGGCUGUUAAUAUUUAAAUUUGCCAAUCUACAGUUAAGAACCUUAUGCUUUUCCUUCCA